CAGUGAAACGUAAUCACGCUACGUACGCAUCAUCUAUGUCACGUGACGUGGAUCACAACUUCGUUCGAGCGAAAAUGUCAAUGCGAGGGCAGCUUGCGAGAUAUCUGACGGGUUUGCAGUGACGGGAGGCUCAGAGGGGAUGGAUGGAUUUCCUGUGAACAUCACAGAGGCGGUGUGUCUCGGGGCCAGCUUGGCCCUGUCAGGAAUCUGUUACUAUUUCUACAGGAAGAGCCGGACGACGCUCGAUAAACUUGAUGAAGCUCCACACUUCAUUAUAGAUGGAAAACUCCAAGACAUUUUGAAGGUUACUCCAGGGGCGUGUCUACAGUAUGCUGUCAUUGAAGGUGCUGUGCAACCAGCAGGUGAACCUCUUACGAGCCACUUCCAAAAGGAAUUUGUCGGAGUGUUGCAGAAAUUCCUGUUGCGAGAACACAGGCUGGUGUGGAACAGCCUUUCCCGCACUUGGACGGACAGUGAAAGAGUCUUGCACCAUAGAGUGAGCGAAGUGCCCUUUGUGUUAGUGGGAUCGAAUGAGACCACCGUCAGGGUCCUGUGCCCUCUGCAGGCCUCCGGACUUCACAUGGAGACGACCCACGAGAAGUUCCACCAAGUCAAUUAUGGCUUAGGGGACAUCAUAGGACAAUACCUCAGCGGGGAGAAGCUCAAAGGGCAACUGGAGACCGAGGAAAUGCUCAAGGUGGGCACGACUCUCACUGGCGUGGGGGAGUUGAUGCUGGACGUGGACGGGACGCUGAAUCUCCGACCCCCUUCAAAUGGCUCACAGUACUUUUUGAGCAUCACGGACUUUGACACCUUGCUGGGGGAGCAACAGAGCGCGGCUCUUUGGUGGAAGGCGCUGGCCGUCGGCUCGGCUUUGGUGGGGGCGGCCGUACUCGCCUGGGUGGGCCGGCGCUACUACUCUCACCUGAAAGUCCGCUGGGAGAGGGAGCAGGAGAGGAGGGAGUUUGAGAGACUGCAAGCCGACGGCUCGAGAGCAGCCGGCCGCGAUACUCCUCAAGGUGGGGCGGAGGAACUUUUAGAAAAUGCCUGUGUGAUUUGCCUCAGUCAGCCACGUAACUGCAUUCUGUUGGACUGCGGGCACGUGUGCUGCUGUCACAGCUGCUUUCAGGCUUUUCCACACCGCCGAUGCCCCAUAUGUAGGCAAAGCAUCAGCCGCGUGGUGCCUCUCUACCACGUCUGAGGGCAGCCGUGUGAUCACAUGUCACCACCAUACAAACUGUACUGGCUUUACACCUUAAGGUCUGAAGUGCUGCACUUAAACCCUCAAAAAGGGCAACAGUGACUUUUUGAAAAAACGUUACUGCAAUAUGACGUUUUUUUUAACAUUGUGCAAUCGUUUUGUUUCACUGAGGUCGUGUUUCUGUAGUUGUAUGUGAGAAGUAACAGUGGAUUAGAAAAUAAGAAAAAAUGCUGUCAAUUUAGGAUAUAUUCACUUUCCUAAAUGUUUGUUUUGUGCCUUAUUCUAGUCAUUGGGGGGCUGCUUCCAUAGUUAUUGACGUCCAAAUAACUUGAGCGUGGUCGGAAUGAGCAGCUCUUUUGUUUCAUCCACUUUCAGUAAAACAAUGUGACUGGACCUGAGUCAAGUUAUUGAAGCAACGAUUCCUUAUUUCCAGGACGAGGCUGAAGUGUUAAUUAAUGCACCACAGUCAACGUGGGUCAAAUUUUGGCUUGUUGAAACAAAUUCAAUAAAUCAUCACACUUUUAA